CCCGCGCAAACGUAACUGGAGCCUUUGUUCUUCUCGUUCCAGUCUCUAUACGAUGGCAAGUUCCGAAUCAAAACCCACUGAUCAGCUUAUUCCCUUGCCGGAAUCUGAGUCAUUGUCAGAAUCUGAAUCUGAAACGCAGCUCUCAGUUCUCCUAUUCCAUAUAUCACAACAGGCCCAAGGGGCUAUGGAGAACAUGCUUAGAAUGAUCAGUGAAAUCGAUCAAAAUGCUGUUGGUAUAUUGGAAGACAUAGAGAAGUGCAGGGGUUCUGCUCUUGACAGGAAGGGAGUGCUAGAGGAAGAGAAACAACAAUUUCAACAAGCUGCUUACACUGUUUUAGACAUGCUCAACAACGGAGGGGGAACGCUGAAAAGUUGACUUUCAUCAGUCUUGGGUGGAAAAGUACCAGUUGUCAUAAUUCUCCUCCCAUUUUAUUCUCUAGACAUGGGAAAUUUUCUCGAGCAUGAAGUGUGGGUUUCAAAGUCUUACUUGAGCUUGAAGAAUCAACUUGCAAAGAUAGUUGGGUGCUAUGAUAUAUGAAUGAAUGGGAUAUUAUCUUCUGUUGGAUGGUGCAUACAAUACACUAUUUUUGUUCAGUCUAUAAUCACUACAGGACAGAUCUCAUCCUAUCCUCUUCUGUUGUCUUACUUCAGUUCUUGGUUUAUUGAAAUUCAAGAUGUGCACUGCUUGUACUGUCUGAAUAUCCAUCAAUUGCCAAACAGAUUAUCACUUCUAGGCAACAUAAGUUUUCUUAAAGAUACUGACAAUCCAAUUAGAUACUUAUUUAAAAAAAAUAUAAUUUUGUGCUUUGAUUUCA